AUGAAGUCGUUUCUAUCUCUCCUAUUCGCCGCAGGUUGCAGCGCAACCCUGCCCGACUACGUGCUGAAAUAUGCACCCGUAGUAUGGCUUGACGUGAACGAAACUUACUUCCCAAGUGACCUCUACGCCCAGGUCCAACACUCUUACCCUGCCGUGAACUCGACUAAAAUCACUGGGUAUACUACGCCAUUAACACUCGAUAAUCUCGACGAGCUCAAUGAUUUCGGCAACACAAGUGUUUAUCUGACUUCCGACGAGGGGAUCCAGGCCAAUCCAUCCUGGUUCAGCGGUGUAAAGCCCGAUUCAAAUGGCAAAUCCGGGGACGCGACUAGCUGCGCCAUCGUUACCUAUGAUCAUGGAAAUGGAACUGUCGAUGCUUUCUUCUUCUAUUUCUACGCAUACAACCAAGGCGACAAGGUCUUGGGAAUGUGGUUCGGUGACCAUGUCGGAGAUUGGGAGCACAACAUGGUCCGGUUCGAGAACGGCGAGCCUCAGGCCUUAUGGUACAGCCAACAUGCCAGCGGCGAGGCAUUCACAUAUAAUGCAACCCUAAAAAUAAACGGGCGACCAGUUGCAUACUCUGGCAGGGGCACCCACGCCAACUAUGCUAUCGCAGGUGACCAUGACCACAUCAUACCAGGGAUUAACUUCCCCGAUGAUGGCUUGGUAGUUGAUUACACCAGCAACGGCACCCUAUGGGACCCGACCGGUAACUAUUAUGCGUAUAGCUAUGACAACUCCAGCGCGAAAUUCACCGCAUAUGAUUCAAGCUACCCCGUCAACUGGCUGUAUUUCAACGGCCAAUGGGGCGACGCGCAAGUUGCCAACCAGACUGGUCUCUUCGGGGAAUACAAAUACGUUGGUGGUCCGAACGGUCCCAAGUUCAAGGAUCUCGUGAGAACCAAUGUGUGUCCCGACGGCGACGAUUGUGAUGUCCGUGACUACCUCGUUGCAUAGCGAAAUAAUUGCACGCUUCAAAUGUUGUAUAUAUAUCGGGAUGACGUCCUAAGGGACAUGAUGCAUUGGAGGAUAUAGUGGACGAUCACGUGCCUCUAUGGGACAUUACAGUGUACAGAUGUACACGCUGAACAAACAAGCAAUGCACUAUCUACUGUUAAUAA